AUGAGGACACCAAAGAGUAAAAGUGAGCAAAUUACCGUGCGGCAUCUGACAUCAGGAAACUGGGAAGUGAUAAAGAUCUUGGCAUACGAUGAAACUACUCAAAAAAUUUACUUUCUGAGCACUGAGUCUUCUCCCAGAGGGAGGCAGCUGUACAGUGCUUCUACUGAAGGAUUAUUGAAUCGUCAAUGCAUUUCAUGUAACUUUAUGAAAGAACAGUGCACAUAUUUUGGUGCCAGUUUUAGUCCUAUGAAUCAACAUUUCUUAUUAUUCUGUAAAGGCCCAGGCAUCCCAAUGGUCAGUCUACAUAACACUGAAAACCCAGCAAAGUAUUUAAUAUUGGAAAGCAAUUCCAUGCUGAAGGAAGCUAUCCUGAAGAAGAAGAUAGUAAAGUCAGAAAUUAAAAUGCUUCAUAUUGACGACUAUGAACUUCCUUUACAGUUAUCCUUUCCCAAAGAUUUUUCGGACCGAAACCAGUAUGCUCUUCUUUUAAUAAUGGAUGAAGAACCAGGAGGCCAGCUGGUUACAGAUAAGUUCCAUAUUGACUGGGAUUCAGUACUUGUUGACACAGAUAAUGUAAUCACGGCACGGUUUGAUGGCAGAGGAAGUGGAUUCCAGGGCCUGAAAAUUUUGCAGGAGAUUCAUCGACGGUUAGGGUCAGUGGAAGUAAAGGACCAAAUAGCAGCUGUGAAAUUUCUACUGAAACAACCAUACAUUGACUCCAAAAGAUUAAGCAUUUUUGGAAAGGGGUAUGGUGGCUAUAUUGCAUCAAUGAUCUUAAAAUCAGAUGAAAAGCUUUUUAAAUGUGGAUCAGUGAUUGCACCCAUCACAGACUUGAAGUUGUAUGCCUCAGCAUUCUCUGAAAGAUAUCUUGGUACACCAUCUAGGGAAGAAAGCACAUACCAGGCAUCCAGUGUGCUACAUAAUAUUCAUGGCUUAAAAGAAGAAAAUAUAUUAAUAAUUCAUGGGACUGCUGACACAAAAGUCCAUUUCCAGCAUUCAGCAGAAUUAAUCAAACACUUAAUAAAAGCUGGAGUGAAUUAUACCAUGCAGAUCUACCCAGAUGAAGGUCAUAACGUGUCUGAGAAGAGCAAGUAUCAUCUCUACAGCACAAUCCUCAGAUUCUUCAGUGAUUGUUUAAAGGAAGAAAUACCCGUGUUACCACAGGAACCAGAAGAAGAUGAAUAGUGGACCCUAUUUAUAGAGAACUGAAGGGGAUAUUGAGGCUCAAUGGAACCGAACCGACAGACUGUAAUAUUGUACAUGCUCCAGAAAUUCAAGGGCAGCUUGAGGAGAUGACACUGGAACAGCACACUCAGAGACAAUGAACUAGAAUUUGAAAACAGAUCUCCAAGUCUACUGUGUUGCUAAGCGUGCAGAACCUGUUUCUUUGUGUAAGGAAGGUCAAAGGGUUGGUUUCCUGGGAGAAAUUAGUUUUGCAUUCAAGUAGGAGUAGUGCAUGUUUUCUUCCGUUAUCCCCCUCUUUGUUCUGUAACUAGUUGCUCUCAUUUUAAUUUCAGUGGCCACCAUCAUCUUUGCAUACGAUGCACACUUAUCAGCACCACAUCCCUGAUCUUUGAUGGCUGAGCUGCAACCUAACACCUUACUGUAUCUUUACAAUAAGUGCAAUUCCUUCAUUGUCUAUUAUUAUGCCUAAGAAGAUAUUCAGUUAAUAAAAAACAGAGUAUUUUAUGUAAUUUCUGUUUAUAUAAAGACAUUCUUAAGUGGGUUAAAGGUCAUGUAGAAAUACGGAUUUCAGCACCUUCCAAAGUUCAGCCAGUUAUCAGUAGAUACAGUAUCUUUAAAUCAACACACGAGUGUAUGUCUCACAAUAUAUAGACACACGUGUGCAUAUACAGUCAAUAAGUCUAUCUUUACAUAUUAUUCAUGCUACAAAGGAUAAACUUCUGAUGAAUUAGAAGAGAUGCUCUUUUACAGGCUAUAAUGGAUGCUUUGUUUAAUGAGCCAAAUAUGAUGAAACAUUUUUUCCAAUUCAGACUCUAGCUAUUGCUUUCCUAUAAAUGUUUGGGUUGUGUUUGGUAUCGUUUUUAGUGGUUACUAGUUUUCUAGUUGCAAUUUAAUUUUUUGAAUAUGAUACCUUGUCACAUGUAAAUUAGAUACUUAAAUAUUAAAUUAUAGUUUCUGAUAAAGAAAUUUUGUUAACAAUGCAAUGCCACUGAGUGCUAUUUUGCUCUUUGGGUGAAGGCUUCUUUUUUUUUUUUUUUAAACACUUGGUCCUUUUACUUUUCUCUCUCAAAGCAGAAUCAAUUCUCAUUUUCAUUGUAAAAGCAAAGAACUGGAUUAUUUCUUUCACCAGUUCCUAUUUAGUAUUCUGUGCCUGCCCGCUUCAUCCUUCACUGUUUAAUUUAAAUCCUUCUGGUGAGAAUUAGAAAUGAAAUAUUUUUUAUUCAUUGGCCAAAAAGUUCACAAACAGCUGUGUUUGCUAUUUGAGUUGAAGGCACAAAUGCAUUAAUUCCUGUGCUGUACUGACUUGCAGUAGUAAGUAACUGAGAGUGUAAAAUAAACCUGCCUAUAUGAAGUCAAAUUUAAGUCAUGAGAAUAUUAAAUUUGGUGACUAAAAUCACUUUGGUGACGUAAGGGAUCUUCCAGAUGUCUGAAAGUCUGUAAUCACGCUUAGACAUUCUAGGCAGUGUAUUGUUUUUGUGGUUUCUCUCAAAUUCCUCAGGACAGGCUGGAUAUCAGGACAUCAGAACACCAGGAGGAAACUUAAAGAUGUCACAGAACUGCUCAGUAACCCUCCUGUUUGUUUGAAGGAUCAACUCCAAAACCUGGGUAUUUGAAAACGUAUAAAUUGUUUUUUGGAUA